AACCGAGCUGAGCAACACUCUUAGCAUGGUCUGCAGUUUGCAUUUAUGUUAAGAGGAAGCUGCAAGUUGGUUGAUAAAGAAGGUUACACUGGAGUAAUACAUUGGGGGUGUCGGCGUCACAAUGAUCCUGUAUCUGAAUUUGCUGAUGGUCUUGUUUAUACUACAGUAUCAAAACUGUUCGGCUCAAGAAAAUGAAAAAACCAAUGGUACCAAAUCAACCUCACCUACAACUCCACCCAUUCUCACCUCUCAGCCUUCUACAACCACCACAGCACUCACUAAUGACAACACCACAAGUGUCUCACAAGAAUCUACCACUUUCACGCACGCACCCACUCUUGCCAACAAAAUGGAUCUCACACCUACACUCACCAGCUCUGCUAAUUCACGCACCACUCCUUAUGAAGGCAGUACCACCUCAGGAGUCUCAAAAGAAUCUACCACUUUCACGCACGCACCCAGUCAUGCCAACAAAACGGAUCUCACACCUACACUCACCAGCUCUGCUAAUUCAACUUCACGCACCACUCCUUAUGAAGGCAGUACCACCUCAGGUUUCCGCAACACGUCAGACUUCCAUACAACCAUCUCACCAACUGCAAACUUCUCCAUCAGUCCCACCCCAAUAGAUUUGGACAUUAAUUGCAGUCAUAUAGCACCCAAAAUUGUUACUACCUCUGUAAACAUUAGUGAAUAUUCAGCAACAGUGAUGUUUGAGAAUAUGUCAGCUGAGGAGCUCAAGUUGAAUCUCAACUGUAACAAAAAUAAUACCAAAGAAAACAUUUCCACUUACAUUUACACUUUCCAAGAUGCCAAGCAGUGUACCAACCUAAAUGUCGAAUGUAACUUCAAUGAGAGGAACUGCAUCAGUCCCAUCAUUUUCUCAGUGCCUAUACCAUUAUGUAAAUAUUUAUUUUCUUCUUGUUAAAUGUAAAAUUUUAUUUAUUUAUUCCUGUGCCCUAAUUCCUACAGAUUACUCCUAUAUUAUGAAAUUUAAGAUGUCUACCCCCAAAAGAAGUUUCUUUGCAUAAUGAAAGAAUACACUGGAAACUUUUCAGUAUUUUCAAAAUCAUUUUAAAAUGUAAUUGCUAUUGAAAGCAGUGUUUAUUUCUACUUCUCUGAAAAACUAAAAAAACAAACAAACGCAGAGUUGUGCAUGUAUUGAUUGCAUGUGCCCUUUAAAGGUAUUUAUUGGUUACAUGCUCCUUGCACUUCCACUUGUGCUAAGCACCAGUGCAUCCACCCUGCCUUUUCUGAUGAAUCGUGUGUGACAAUUGACACUAGGGUACUUUGGAAUAACACCACCCCUCUUGUGGCAGUAGUUCUAGGGCUCCCCAGAAGUAAAGGUGGCCAUACACGUAGCAAACCUCUACCUGCUGAUUCAGCCCUGAAUGCAGAUUUUGUUCAGGUGCGUCCAUAAAUUCUCAACUCAAUAACACAUGUUGGCAAAAUUUCACUCUGAAGGAUUGUGGCAAGUACUAGUUUCACUUAUAGAUAAAUAUUCCUCAUUAUUUUAAUGGUAUAUAAGCAAAACCAGCAGUGCAGGGAAUUACAAAGCACUUUCAGUAGCAAAUACAAUUUACAAAUAUGUUUAAUAUAUUUCAGUGUGUAAUUAUUUUUAUUGGAAAGUUG